UAGUAAUAUGUAUUGUAUUUAGAUAAUUGUAUUUUUAAAAACUGUCCACUACUUACUAUAUUAGUUGAUUGGAAAAUAUUCGUAUUACAACUGAUCUAAAUAUUAGAAUUAUUUAUAUUAAUAAUUAUUGCAUAAAAAUUAUAAAUAGUGAUGUAAUGGAGUUCAGACAGGUUAUUUCAAUAGCAAUUUUACUUUCUUCAGUUCCUUUACAAUUACUCUUAUUGAAGUAUAACCGAGAAAUUAUACAAUUUUUUUCCAAUGUUUAUCAAAGUUUACCCGAUGAAUUCUAUUUAAGUGAUUACAUAGUGGACUACAUAGAUCCAAGGGCUAUUUUUUGGAGUAUAUUUGAUUAUUCGGACACGAUAAAAGACGACAACGAAAGCGAAGAUGAAAAUAUAAAUAGCGCCGAAAUUCAUGAAUUUAGACCCCCACAUUUAAGGUACAGAGUUGGGGAUGUAGUAGUAACAUUGGAUGUCAAUUUAGCAAUAAUAGUGGGAUGGUCUAUAGAUAAGUCUGAUUUAACCAAAGAACCUCGUUAUUUUUUAUUAAUCGAGGGUAAUAAGAAAGAAGUAACAUUUUAUGACCAAAAUCAAUUAAUACUUUUAGAAGGCAUUAAGCUAUAUAAUAAAAUGUCAAACUAUUAUUUUGAAAAAUUUGAUGGCGCAAGGUAUAUACCAAAGAAAUGGCUACAAAAAAUGUACCCAAAAGAUUAGAUAAUUAAUUAAUGUGUGAUAAAUUAUAAUUAUUAGGACAAUACAAAAGAAAAUUAUGUUUUGUUGUCAAUUAUUAUUAUUAUUGUUAUUGUUACAAUAAAUUCAUUUAUAAAAAAAUUAGUAUACAAUAAAAUAAUACUUUAUUUUUAAUA